AUGGCGGCCUCGCCAUUAUGGGGCCUCCUCCCGACGGACUUGGUCGAGCACCAGGUCGGCCAGAUCGACCUCCUGACGGCCAUGUACCCCGCCGAGGGGGAGGUCGCAAUCGAGAGGGAAUCGGAGGAAACCCUCUCGCUGUUCAGGUCUCGCCUUGAGGACCCGUCGUCACCGCCGCUGCCGCCCUUCGCCAGGCCCCCGCAGGUCACAAUCCUGCUCACCCUCGCCAUCACCCAAGAAGAAGGCUCGUCGAGCCCGAAGGCGCUGCAGCUGGAUAUCGGCGUGCCUUUCGCCCGUGAAGUAGAAAGCGCAGCGGGGGAAGAGAAGGAUGAGGGAGAGGCGCCGCGGAUCAGGGUCCGGGUCCGCCAACCGGCGUGGCUAAGCCGCGCGGCGACGGCGCAGCUCAACGCGAGGGUCGCCGAGGGGGGCGGGGAGGACCUGUUCGGCACGAUCGAGGUCGUCAAGGACGCGGCGGCGGAGUACCUCGAGCGUGCGGCCGCCGGCGGUGAGGGAGAUGCGGAGGCGGAGGAGGAGCCCCUCGUCCGGGUGUGGUUCUACUUCCCCUCCAUCUCGACGCGGUCCAAGCGCGACGACUUCGUCGCCCACGCGCCGGGCUACGGCCUCACGGGCUUCCUCUACGCCGGCAAGCCCGGCCUGCUCUGCCUCGAGGGCGGCUCGCGCGCCAUCGACGACUACAUGUCCUUCAUCAAGACGGAGAGCUGGGGCGACAUCCCCGCGCACCACAAGAAGGUCAGCGAGCGGCACCGCGAGCGCGGCGUCGCCGCCCGCGCCUUCCCGGACAUGCGCGAGGUCACCGACUCCGUCGGCGGCGAGAGGCGCGGCCAGCGCGCGAACCGCGGCGACAUGAAGGCCGUGGAGGCCUGGCUGGCGGAGCGCGGGCUGGGCGACGCCUUCGCCAAGGUGUUGAUGUAG